AUGUCUUCUGCAGCACCUUCAGAUUCUGACAUCGUUGUCAAUGAGCGUACCGCUCUUCUCGACGUGGGACAGCAAGGCCAGAAGAAGGCCACCCCUUUGCCAAGGCUUCAGAUUGCGAUUUUGUUGUUGGCACUGCUGGUCGAGCCAAUUGCUUCUCAAUCUAUCUAUCCCUACAUCAAUCAGCUUGUCAGUGAGUUGGACAUCACUGGCGGCGACGAGCGAAAAGUUGGGUAUUAUGCGGGGCUGAUCGAGUCUCUCUUUUUUGCCACUCAGGCACUGACCAUCUUGCAAUGGAGCCGUACUUCGGACCGCAUUGGACGUAAACCUGUUCUCUUGUUAGGAAUUUUUGGGCUCUCCCUGUCAAUGCUAUGUUUUGGGUUAUCCAGGACACUGUUGGGGCUGAUUUUUAGUCGCUGCAUCACCGGCGCCUUGAAUGGUAACAUUGGAGUCAUGAAGAGCAUGAUGGGUGAACUCACUGAUUCCACCAACAUGGCGCAAGGCUUCGCCCUGAUGCCUGUUGCGUGGUCCUUGGGUGCUACUAUUGGUCCUAUGAUCGGCGGAGCUCUAGAACACCCUCAACAACAUUUUCCUAAUAUAUUCCCUGGUGCAUUUUGGUCACAGUUCCCAUACUUCCUGCCUAGUGCCGUUGCUGCAGUAUUCACGGUCAUAUGUUUCCUGGCGAUUCUAUUCUUCUUAAAAGAGACUCUGCCUAGGCAGCGGACGCAAGAGAAAUCCGCUCUUGAUGGCGAGGCCCUCGACGUUCCAGGAAAUGCCGUCGAGGAUUCACCUGUGUCAAUCCGGUCGCUCUUCGUGCCAUCCAUACUGAUCCCUGUCACCAACUAUGGCUGCAUUGCAACUCUAGAAAUUGCUAUGUUCGCACUUCAGCCUCUCUUUUAUUCCACCCCGAUCGAACUGGGGGGGCUCGGAUUUGAUCCUAUCACUAUCGGCCUGUGGAUGGGAGCGUUCGGCAUUGUCAACGGUGUUUUGCAGACAAUGAUUUUUGCACCGUUGGUAAACAAAUUUGGUCCAAAGACCGUUUUUCGGUUUUGCGAAGGAUGUUUUAUUCCUAUCUUCGUCCUAUUCCCGAUCACCAACAUCAUUGCACGCCAACAUGGAGUCAACUGGCUUGUCUGGUUUUUACUCACGUGUUCGCUGCUACUGGGUGUUUUCAUGGAUAUGGCGUUCGGUUGUAUAUUGAUGUUCAUUACCGCAGCAGCUCCCAAUAAGCGAUCCUUAGGAGCUACCAAUGGUCUUGCGCAAAUGACGGCAUCCGUCGUUCGAGCCAUUGGCCCCGCCGCGUCCACGUCCAUGUUUGCAUACUCUGUCCAGCACAAGCUCAUGGGCGGCUAUGCGGUGUAUACCGUUUUCGUUAUCAUGGCCGUCUUUGCUGUAAGGAUAUCCGCCAAACUUCCGGGAAAUCCUGGAAAAGAGGCAUGA